CUAGAUUUUUCCUUUCGCUCCUCCUUGGAACCUUAUCAGGAGCGACAUCACUGAACAGUCAUGGCUUCGACUUCUCUCGCCUUCCCAUCGCUCAAUCCCAAAACCCUAGCCGUUUCUAACACCCAAAACCCUUCCCCCACUCUCUUCUCCAUCGUCUCCCUAACUUCUUCUGCCAAAUGUAUUAACAGGCCUUCUUCUACUUCCAUUUCCUUUUCAUUUCCCUUAAUUAAGUCUAAGAGGUACGAGAACCUGUCGUCUUCGUCUUCGUCUCGUUUCGUUUCUAAAGUUGCUGUUUCUUCUGAAUUCGAGCAAGAGGAGGUCUUUAGCGAUGAACCUGAACAGAAUUUCUCUCCUGAUUUGAAACUCUUCGUAGGUAACCUCCCCUUCAGUGUCGACAGUGGUGAGCUCGCCGGACUCUUCGAACGUGCCGGAAAUGUUGAGAUGGUUGAGGUUAUUUAUGACAAGGUAACUGGAAGAAGCCGGGGUUUUGGGUUUGUGACCAUGUCUACGGCGGCGGAAGUCGAAGCUGCUGCUCAGCAGUUCAAUGGCUAUGAACUCGAAGGAAGGCCAUUGAGAGUGAAUGCUGGACCUCCGCCUCCUAAGGAAGGUGGUUCCGCAAGGGGACCACGAGGUGGGGGAGGUUUUGAUUCUGCCAAUCGGGUUUAUGUCGGUAACCUAGCAUGGGGUGUUGAUGAUUUAGCUCUUGAAUCCCUGUUCAGUGAGCAAGGAAAGGUAAUGGAGGCCAAGGUUGUUUAUGACAGGGAAAGUGGUAGAUCAAGGGGUUUUGGGUUUGUAACCUACAGCUCUGCUGAGGAGGUCAACAAUGCAAUUUCAUCCCUCGAUGGUGUUGACUUGAAUGGAAGAUCGAUCCGAGUGACCGUGGCUGAAUCCAGGCCGAGGCGCCAAUUUUGAUUUUGGGAUUUUGCUACCUGUUUAAUCAAGAAAAGACUUUUGAGGUCCCUCCGGAGCUGAAUGAUGAUAUGCCAAAACGACUUACAGCUAGUCUUAUAUCAAAGGUAUAAGUACCCCCAGACAUGAAUGACACUGUUUCCUGUAUUUGUUCUCUGCCUGGGGAUAUCGUUGAUACCACACGUCUUUUGAAAUCUUAGUGUAUGAAUACAAUGUAAGUUUUGAUGAGUCGCAUAUGAGAUUGAUCAGCCAUUCUGUUGCUGC